AUAUAUGUGCACUUCUCAUUUCCACACGCUUUCUCUUUCUGUCUCUUUCUCAUCCCUCCUUUGUCUCACUUUCUCUCUUUCCUUCUUCAAAAUUUAUUUACGUUUUAGCUUGUGAUUACAGAUUUGUUGUAUAACCUCAAAAGAAGUCGUUUACUUAAAAAGCCUGUAAACAUGACCGAGAUUAAAAACGAUAAGACGAAAGUCGAUCUCGGAUUGCUCGAGGAAGACGACGAGUUCGAGGAAUUCCCCGCGGAAGAUUGGACCGCGAAAGAUGAGGACGGUGAUGAUAUCAGCGUCUGGGAGGAUAACUGGGAUGACGAUGAUGUUGAGGAUGACUUUAAUCAACAAUUGAGAGCACAACUAGAGAAACAAAAUGCUGCGAGCGACACAACCAAGAAAAAUUAAUUAGAUUGUAAUAUGUUUAAUCUUAUUAUUUUAUAUAUAAAUAAACAUGUAAUUAAAUAUUAA